AUGGUUGGAAAAGCUAUUAUCUCCGAUGACGAAGAUGAUAUUGGUCUCGAGGAAGAAGAAAUAGACGAGGAGGAGCCCGAAGGGGAGAAUAUUGAAUACGGCGACGAGGACGACGAGGACGAAGAUCAUGAGGAUGAAUAUGAGGAUGAUGGGUUCAUAGUUAAUGAUGCUGAGGAAGAAUCGGAAGAGGAAGAAGAAUUAGGUCAGGAUGAUGGUGGUGAGAGACAGAAGAAGAAGAGGAAAAGGAAGAAAAGGAGAGAGUCAGAAAGGAGUUUUGCUCUUGAUGAAGAUGACUAUAGGCUGCUUGAGGACAACGACGUAUCUGUUCCUCGGCCUAAGGUUGAAAGCAAGAGGUUGAAACGGUUGAAGAAAGCUCAAGAUGUUUCGACACAAGAACAUUCUGGAUUCUCUGAUGAGGAAGAGUUUGCUGGGGUUGGGAAGAGAGGACGAACAGCUGAGGAGAAGGUUAAACUCAGCCUGUUUGAUGGCGAUGAAGGACAACCACUUGAGGAUAUUCCUGAGGAGGAACCUGUAGACGACUUUGACGACUUCGACGACGAAGAUGAUAUGUCUAGAUUCAUUGUGAGUGACGAAGAAGUUGAAAAUGGAGGUCGCGUCAGAAAGAAGAGGGUUCCCAAGAAGAAAACUAGGGAUCCAGCAGAUCCUCCUUCAUCUGCAGUUCUGGAAGUUAAAGAAAUUUUUGGUGAUCCCGAUGAAUUCCAGGAGAAGCUUGACCAAAAGAAAUCUGAAAACAAUGGCCAGAAUGAAGACCCGGUUGACCGUAAGGAGAGGAGGUUUGAAGAUGAAUUUGAGCCCAUCAUUGUGUCUGAAAAGUAUUUGACUAAGGAAGAUGACCAAAUUCGUGGAAAAGACAUUCCUGAAAGAAUUCAGGUGUCAGAGGAAAGCACUGGUACCCCCUCAUCGGAUGGGAUACAAGUGGAGAGUUCCUGGAUAUUCAAUCAGCUUCCACAUGGCCUUUUGCCUUUGGUUAAUAUUAGAAAAGUAACUGUUUCAGAUGCUCAUGGAAAUGAGGCAAUGAUAACUGAUGACACAGACAGAGUUGUGGAAGAAUACAAGAGAGACAUCAGGAGAUUCCUGGAGUUGACACACGUGCAGAGAUUCGACGUUCCCUUCAUUGCUAUGUACCGGAAGGAGGAUUGUCCGAGUCUCCUUAAGGAUUUAGAGCUCCAUGGUGAAAACAGUGACCAGAAUAAUUCUGACAGAAAACCUACCCUUAGAUGGCAUAAGGUGCUUUGGGCGAUUCAGGACUUGGAUAAAAAGUGGCUGCUUCUUCAGAAGCGGAAGACUGCUUUACAAUCAUACUACAACAGAGUUUACGAGGAAGAGUCACAUAGAGUGUAUCAUGUAACCCAACUCAAUUUGAAUCAGAAGCUUUUUGAGUCAAUUACAGACGCUCUCAAGGCAGCUGAGUCAGAGAGAGAAGUCGAUGAUGUCGACAUGAAAUUCAACCUGCAUUUUCCACCAGGAGAAGUGGGCGUUGAUGAAGGUCAGUAUAAGAGACCAAAGCGGAAAUCUCACUAUAGCACAUGCCGUAAGGCUGGAUUAUGGGAGGUUGCUAGCAAGUUCGGCUACAGCUCUGAACAAUUUGGUUUGCAAAUAUCUCUAGAAAAUAUGCGAGUGGAAGAGUUGGAAGAUGCGAAAGAAACUCCCGAAGGAAUGGCCUCAAACUUUACAUGUGCUAUGUUCGAUUCUCCUCAAGCUGUGCUCAAAGGUGCUAGGCACAUGGCGGCUGUUGAGAUCUUCUGUGAACCAAGUGUCAGGAAACAUGUUCGUGGAAUAUUUAUGGAUAAUGCAACCGUGUCAACUACUCCUACUGCCGAGGGAAAUACAACAAUUGAUUCUUUUCAUCAGUUUGCUGGAGUGAAAUGGUUAAAAGAUAAACCACUUACCAAAUUUGAGGAUGCUCAGUGGCUUCUUAUUCAGAAGGCUGAAGAGAAGAAGCUUCUUCAAGUUAAAAUUACGCUGCCAGAGGCUAACCUUGACAAGCUUAUUGGUGACGCAAAUGAUUAUUAUUGUAGUCAGAGUGUGAGCAGAUCUGCUAAUUUAUGGAAUGAGCAAAGGAAACAGAUCAUUGAGGAUGCGUUUUUUAAUUUUCUCCUCCCUUCAAUGGAAAAGGAAGCUAGGUCAUACUUAACCAGUAAAGCGAAGAGUUGGUUGCAUAUGGUGUAUGGGAGGCAGUUAUGGGACAGAGUUUCUGUCGCACCAUAUCAGCGAAAAGAAAUUGAUAGCUCUGAUGAUGAAGUUGCACCACGGGUUAUGGCUUGCUGUUGGAAUCCUGGAAACCUUGCAACUACUUUUGUAAUGUUGGAUUCAACUGGAGAAGUCCUAGAUGUACUGUUUGCUGGUUCCCUUACUCUCCGUGGUCAAACUGUCAAUGAUCAACAGAGGAAGAAAAAAGAUCAGCAGCAGGUUCUUAAAUUUAUGAUGGAACAUCAACCACAUGUUGUUGUCCUUGGAGCAGUGAAUUUGUCAUGCACUAGGCUAAAGGAGGAUAUUUAUGAGAUCAUCUUCAAAAUGGUGGAAGAGAAUCCCAGAGAGGUUGGUCAAGAGUUGGAUAACUUAAAUAUUGUUUAUGGAGACGAAUCUCUGCCACAUUUGUACGAGAAUUCGCAUGUGUCAGCUGAUCAGCUUCCUGGGCAAUCAGGUAUUGGUAGGCGGGCUGUGGCUCUUGGGCGUUACAUACAGAAUCCAUUAGCUAUGGUUGCUACACUUUGUGGACCAGGAAGAGAGAUAUUGUCGUGGAAGCUUGGUCCGUUGGAUAGCUAUCUUACUCCUGAUGAGAAGUAUGCUAUUGUUGAGCAGGUCAUGGUUGAUGUUACCAACCAAGUGGGUCUUGACGUAAAUUUCGCUGCAAGUCAUGAAUGGUUGUUUGCUCCAAUGCAAUUCAUAUCUGGUCUUGGACCUAGGAAGGCUGCAUCCCUGCAAAGAUCACUAGUUAGAGUUGGAGCUAUAUCUUCCAGAAAGGAUCUUUUGACUGCACAAUGGCUUGGAAGAAAGGUCUUUGUCAAUGCUGCAGGUUUUCUCCGUGUUCGCUGUAGUGGAAAUGCUACCACCAAUGAUAAUUUCAUCGAUUUGUUGGAUGAUACAAGAAUACAUCCGGAAUCGUAUGGUCUUGCCGAAGAACUGGCAAAAGAUGUUUAUAUUAUGGAUAUUGGAGAUGAGACAAACCAUGAGGAAAGGGGAACGCUGGACUUGGCUAUUGAGCAUGUUAGGUGUAAACCUCACCUUUUAAGGGGUGUCAAUGCCUAUGAAUAUGCUGUUGAUAAGCACCACCAGGGAAAAAAAGAGACCCUUAACGACAUAAGAUUGGAAUUGAUGCAUGGUUUCCAGGAUUGGCGUAGGCCUUAUCAGGAACCCAGCCAGGAUGAGGAAUUUUACAUGAUUUCUGGGGAGACGGAGGAAACACUGUCUGAAGGAAGGAUCGUGCAAGCAACAGUUCGCAGGGUGCAACCUCAAAGAGCUACUUGUGUUCUGGAUUCUGGACUUACUGGCAUGUUGGCAAAGGAAGAUUAUACCGAUGACUGGAGAGGUAUAGAUGAUUUGUCUGAAAAGCUGCGAGAAGGUUUCACUUUAACAUGCAGAGUCAAAUCUAUUCAAAAGAACAGGUAUCAGGUUUUCCUAAGCUGUAAGGAAAGUGACAUGAGAAAUAACCGUCAUCAGAAUCUCCGAAAAAUGGAUCCUUACAACCAUGAAGACCGCAGCAUCUUGCAAUCGCAGCAGGAAAAGGUCCGCAAAGAGGACCUUGUCAAAAAGCAUUUCAGACCUAGGCUGAUUGUUCAUCCUCGUUUCCAGAAUAUUACAGCUGAUGAGGCAAUAGAGUUUUUAUCUGACAAAGAUCCUGGCGAAAGUAUUGUCCGUCCAAGUUCACGUGGACCUUCUUACUUGACUCUUACGCUCAAAAUAUAUGAUGGGGUUUACGCUCACAAGGAUAUAACUGAAGGGGGUAAGGAGCACAAGGAUAUAACAAGCUUGCUCAGAAUUGCGAAAACAUUGAAAAUUGGUGAGGACAUAUUUGAGGAUUUGGAUGAGGUCAUGGAUCGGUAUGUGGAUCCCCUUGUUACUCAUUUGAAGGCCAUGCUGAAUUACCGUAAGUUCAGGAAGGGCACUAAAGCGGAAGUUGACGAUCUCUUAAGAGUGGAGAAAUCAGAGAAUCCAAUGAGAAUUGUUUACAGCUUUGGGAUUUUUCACGAACAUCCCGGAACAUUUAUCCUGACUUACAUAAGAAGUUCAAAUCCGCACCAUGAGUAUAUUGGUCUCUAUCCAAAAGGGUUCAUGUUUCGUAAAAGAAUGUUUGAGGAUCUGGAUCGCCUUGUGGCGUAUUUUAAGAGGCACAUUGAUGACCCGCUGGACUCUGGCCCAUCAAUUCGAUCUGUGGCCGCUAUGGUGCCAAUCCGAAGUCCUGCUGCUUGGGGAUCAGGUUCUGGUGGCAAAUGGGGUGGUUCAUCUAAUGAAGGUGGCUGGAAAAGUAGCCAAUCAGUAGAGAGAGGAAGACAUGAUUACAGAAAUGGUAGCAGUCUAGCUGGGCAUCCUAGUGGAAUGCCAAGGCCUUAUGGUGGGCAUGUGCGUGGCCGCGGGUCGGGCUCAUAUGGUGGUGGUAGGGGAAGUUACAACAGACAGAAUGAGGACCGUGGUUCCAAGACGUGGGGCUCUAAAGAUGGUGAAGACGGAUGGGGUUACUUUGGUGGUGCCAAAGUUCAGAAUUCGUCUAGUAGGGAAGCCUUCCCAGGCGGAUGGGGUGGUGGCUGGGGUGGUAACACGUCUACGGAUGGUGGCAGAAGUGGGUGGGGGGGUGGUGGUGGCAAUGGCAAUAAUGAUGGUGGCGGAGGUGGUGGCUGGGGCAUCCAUGAUAGUGGCGUGAGACUAGUGGAGUCAACCUGAGCUUGAUCAUCGUAAUUAUAAAAGGUAAAGAAGAUACUGUAAUAGUUCUUGGCUUUUUUGGGUGCAUAGUUUGAGGCGUGAAGCUAGCACACUGAAUUGAGAAACAUCGAUAUUGUAUUUUACUCGUAGAAGGUUAUAUCAGGGAGGGCGAACUUGGUUCUAAAAGCAAUUUGGUUACAUUAACACGUUACUUAAAUGGCAAAUAUACAUGUAGCAUCUCCACAUUUGGUCACAUUUGAUACGUAUAGCAUUACUAUCUUCCAUCUAACUUUCUG